AUGCGUAAAUCAUUUGUAAACAUGAAUCUCGGGGAGGGAGCGAUGCCGUCUCGUCCAGAAAUCUCACCGCCAAUCCAAAUUCGCCGCGAAUACAAUUGGGUUGACGACUUGAAAGUUAAAGGUGAAAGAAUGUUAAUCCAUGCAGAAAAAAUGUACGCGAAUUACCACGCCUUCACCAUGGAACAUCCGUUUCUCGGUCUUUUUCUGGCCAUAUUCAUCGUGUUUUCCGCAAUUCCGUUGUUCUGCUUCUCGAUAUUUUCCAUCUUUACCACCAUCAUAACAAUGGGUAGUGCUCUGUGCACCGGUGCGCUCAUGUGGGGAUUCAUGAUUGGCGGUGCCGGCCUACUCUUGUUGGCGGCUUUAUUCUUCGCAUUCUUCCUAACGUGUUUCUCAUUUUUCUGGAUAUCCGUUGCAUUGUUCGUUACCAACCUUUUAUCAAGGAAGCUCAACGAACAUCAACAUUUACCCAAUACCAAGGGCAUUGAUCUGUCCAAGUAUGGGUUGUCGAUUUUCGGUAAUCCGACCAACGGCGGUGAUGAUGGAGGUAAUACCGCUAGUGGUGAAGCGACGAGAAAUUCCAAAGUAGAAUGA